AUGCGGCUACCAUAUGCCUCUAGAACAUUAAGACUGGGACAACGGCAAUUGAAUUCUCUCCUCAAUGGUCAAAAUCGCACGUAUCAUGCCGCCGUGCUUGGCGGUGGCAUCACAGGGCUCACAGCCGCCUGGCAACUCGCGCAAGACCCCACAUGCGAAUCAAUCAAUCUUUUUGAAAAGACAGACCGGCUCGGAGGUUGGAUCGGCUCUGAAACAAUCCCUGUCGAUGGUGGCAACAUCGUGUUCGAGUAUGGGCCGCGGACGUUGAGAAGCUCGCUGCCAGGGUCACUCCCUCUGCUUUACCUGGCUACAAAUCUAGGCUUGUACAAAGAUCUCAUUAUUACCCCGAACACGAGCCCCGCGGCCCAGAAUCGCUACAUCUACUACCCGGACCAUCUUGUUCGCAUGCCGGCGCCGAAGCCUGAGCUUUCUUUUGCGGAGAACUUUGACAGUUUCGUGAAUACUUUGAAGGAGCCGCUAUUUAGCAAAUUUCCUUCAGGGAUAGUGAAGGAUAUCUUCGCUCCACCCCGACACCCAACUGAAUGGGCGAAGGAUGAGUCUGUUGCAGACUUCAUCGGACGUCGUUUUGGUCCCAAUGUUGCGGAUAAUCUAGUCUCAGCUGUAUACCAUGGAAUUUAUGCUGGUGAUAUCAAUCGAUUGAGUGCCCAAACACUGUUGGGUGCCGUCCGCAACCUUGAGGGAGGCGUCGGGGGCGUCGGUGGGGUUGUUUCUGGUGGAGUUACGGCAUCUCUUAUCUCCAGGUCGUUCUCCAAAACAAAGACCCGGAAUAUGGAUGAUUUUAUGGCCAUAGAUGUUAUGCCUGCAGGCCCCGAAUUAGUACGUCGUCAGCAUGAUUUAGAAGUCCUCGCGGCUGGAGCUAGUACUUUCACCUUUAAGAGGGGAGUUGGUCAGCUUAUUGGAGCACUGAUCGCUUCGUUGGAAGCAUCCGGUAAAGUGCGCUUCCAAAUUAACACGGAGAUCACUGAUUUGGGUCUAUGGAACAAGCAAAGCAUUAUUGCGAUGGCACAUCGGUCACCUACGUCCGGUGAAAUCAAGGGGUUGCGUUAUGAAUAUGUCAUCUCCACUAUUCCUCCAGUUGCACUUGCGAAGGCCCUGCCCAAAACGGAGGGUGCACUGGCCAAAUCUCUACUACACAAACAGAAUUACGCCGUGACUGUAAUGGUCGUCAAUCUCUAUUACCCAAAUCCUAACCUUCUGCCUGUGGAGGAUGGCUUUGGAUACCUCAUACCACGAUCGAUACCAUACGAGCAGAAUCCAGAAUGUGGACUUGGCGUCAUUUUCGCCUCGUCGUCUAGUGUAGGGAACGGACCGGAUCCUUCGUCAACUGAAGUCAGCCAAGAUUCUGCCCCUGGAACGAAACUCACUGUCAUGCUAGGCGGACAUUACUGGGAUGGCUUCGAAGAGUAUCCAGACCACGACACCGCAGUGAAAAUGGCCCGCGACAUGCUCAAAAGACACAUGAAUAUCACUGAUACCCCAACUGUCGCUCGGAGUCGUCUUCAGAAGGAUGCCAUUCCCCAGUAUACAGUCGGCCACCUGGACCGCAUGUAUAAGCUCUCGAACACAGUUCGUAGUGAGUACAAGGGACGGCUCAUUCUCGCAGGAAAUUGGUAUAAUGGCGUAAGUGUGGGAGACUGUGUCAAGCAGGGUAUUCUAUCUGCCACCUAUGGCAUUGGAAGAAACUUGCUCAACAGUGAGCCCAGUCCAUGGCGUCCGUGGACUUCCUUUGAACAUAAACGCUGGAACCUCAAGGGUGGCAUUGUGAUGCCUCCUGUUCGACUGUUCGACUCCAAAAUCUGA